CGACCAUGUGGUAAUAUGUUGCUGACCGGCGCGGUCCUCUUCUUUAUUCUCGCCUCCGAGGUCCAUUGGCCUGACAUGCUGCUCGGAAGACAACGUUUGACUUCCGCAGCCACGAAGCAGUCCAUACGAUCACAGUCCCAAUCUGCCACUGCCGCCGCACCUGGAUCCUUCACCUAUCGCCUUGCUGCCGCUGCCGCGCCCAAGCGCGCACCACCGAGAGUGCCCAAACCAGGCAGAGACCACUGGAACUAUGCCUCGACCCACGUGAAUACCAACCCGCCUUACCUGCGCUCAACGAAGCCGGCCUCUGGCGAAGAUGCAUUUUUUGCCACCACUAUCGGCGGAAGCCCGCAUCAUGUCGCCUUUGGCCUCGCUGAUGGGGUGGGUGGAUGGCAGGAUCAAGGCGUGGAUCCCUCCGAGUACAGCCAGGGACUUUGUGGUCUAAUGGCUGGCUCUGCGAAUAUAUAUGAAGGCCUGGCAGCUGGCAAGAUCUUUAAGCCGCGAGAACUGCUCCAGCAGGCCUACGAUGCAGUCAUGGCCAAUCCACGAAUCGCAGCCGGUGGAUGCACAGCCAGUUUGGGCGUUGCAGACAAAGAUGGCAACAUUGAAACGGCAAAUCUUGGUGAUUCGGGUUACCUCAUCUUCGGCCCUGGAAAAGUGGCCCAUAAAUCCAUUGUCCAGACCCAUGCUUUCAAUACACCAUACCAGCUGUCUAAAGUCCCGCCCAGGAUGCAAGCACAACAUGCGAUAUUUGGAGGCUCUACAUACUUCAGUGAGACUCCUGCUCACGCUGAUGUUCAGAAUCACAAGCUCAAGCACGGCGAUGUGGUGAUCUUCGCCACGGAUGGUGUCUGGGAUAAUCUCUCCGCUCAGGAUACUCUGCAGAUUGUGCAGCGUGUGAUGGAGGAUGGCGGCUAUUGGUUCAAAUCGCACAACUUUGCUGGCGCAGAGACUAUGGUCAAUGAGACACUCAUUCGUUCCUUGCCGCGCGCCAUCGAAGUCAGUGCGCAGGAACCGUACUUGCCCGGACAGCUCGCAGCGGCCAUCAUGCGCGAAGCCAAGGUGGCUGGUUUAGAUCGCAGGCGAGAGGGACCUUUUGCCAAAGAGGUGAAGCGACACUAUCCACAGGAAGGGUGGGAAGGUGGUAAACCAGACGACAUUGCUGUGGUCGUGUGUCUUGCAGUCCAGGAGGAGACCACCGGUGCUGCGAGCCCGAUCAAGGCAAAGCUGUGAGCCCAACUCACCAGCUGAGCAGCUUGCACCUCUGCAAUCAACACUUUGUCCAGACGGCGUUCUGUAUCCCUGCAUCUGAUGAAUGAGCCAGGAGAUCAUUGAUGUUCGCACCAGCCUGCAUGGGUUUUGGGCGAAGAUGGGUGUCAGGUCAAAGGCCCUCUUUGGCCGAAGACUCAGAUCAAUGCACUGCCAUGACUUUGAACACACGGAAGAGGUACCUGGCGCACUUAUGCGAUUCAUCUUCUGCAUCAUUGAUGAUUCUGGCCGGGCACCUCGCGCAUUCCGGGUCAGAACGCGUGCUACAUUCAGUCACGAUUCAGGGGAUGGCACGGGACAAUGGUCGAAUAGAUCUGCCAUCACUGGCAUGAGGCUUUCACACUCAACGACGAGGCUCGGCGGCAAAGAACCUCAUCAACGCACUAUCCGGGACCACGAUAAGAGCAUAAGCGAACAAUAUAUACAUGAAAGUUGCGCUCUUUGUACGAGCAUGAAGCUCUCCAAGAUGGGCACACUUUCAUGCCUGAUACUACCUAUCGCAGCCUGGUGUCAGCCUUUGUAUACUGGUCAUGAAGCCUCCCCGGAUUUCUUCCAGCCAACAUCCUUCUGGGUGUUUGCGAGCAUCAUUGUCCACGCAUUGAUCAUCGACUCCGCUGCAAAGAAACAUACGCAACUUGCGCAAUGCAGGCCAACGUGACGUCCCAGUCCUCAGUACAUGCACAAAUCUUAGCCGCUGUUUUUACGAAUGAAUUCACAGUUGAGACGGAGCUGCUUCCAUUGCAGCAGGGGCAACACGAGUUUUCCUCGAUACAGCACU